AUGCUUGAUGAAUCUAUUUAUCAAAUAGAAACUGUGGUAGGUGACAAUUAUAAAAUUCAGCUACUUAUAGAACUGUUUUCAUGCUCUGUGCAUCCUUACAUUAAAUGGAAAUGCCUUGGAGCUGACAGAUUUCUUAUAUAUUUCAAAAACGAAUAUAAAUACAUUAUUCGAAUUUCGAAAACUCUUAACUUGAAACUGGAAUCCUACUCGAUUGAGUAUCCAAAAACGAAGCACUUAUCAAAAGAAAUAUUUAUUCAGCUUACUAAAAUUGUCCAAGAUUGCCUCACACAGCCAUCUGCAGCCAUUUCAAAAAUCCAUAGGAUUCUACAUACAUUUUAUGUAUCAGGGCAGAUGUCUAUCUUUGCCGACUUGCUUGUUAACUAUCAGAAAGAUUUUCAUUAUUGCAUUUCCAGAAUCGAAAAUGGAUUGGAAAUCGAAUUCAACGAGCAGAUGCAUAUCAAUAAUAAAUUCAAAAUCACAUAUAGCCAAGAUGGUAUUGUUGUAUUUAGUGACAUUCCAUAUUACAUCCCACGAGCUAUCUACAAUAAUGAAUGCAACUACUUUACGAAUUUCUUUACAAGCCACACGUUUUCGAAUAUCGAUACAACAGAUUCUCCAGGAAUGCCGGUUGUAAUCUAUUUUUCGAUAAUGGAUCGUUUCAAAACAGAAUUGCAGGUGAUUCUUAGCACAAUGCGCGAUACAGUUUACUACUCACACCUUUGCAGAAACUGGAUUCCUAUAUCGAAGGCAAUCACUCUUUCCUCAAACUCAACUGCUUUCAAGUUGACCAUAGAUUUCGAUAUCAAGCACUCCAAAUUUUCUUCAUAUAGACUAUAUUCUCACAGUGAAGAAGACGCGAAAAUAACAAUAGAUGAAGAAAAGAACCAGUACGUUGUUGAUUUUGAAGCAUUUGUCACCAAAUUUUGCUUUGAUCGAAAUAUCUCAGACAGUAGACAGUUUCAUGUACAAAUUUUCCCUCUUUUAUUCCAGCAGUUUUUUAAUCUCAUUAUUUCCCCUUCUCUUUCUAUCACGUCAGAAGCAAAUCGUAACUAUAUCUUUGGAUGUGUUUUAUCUUUUGCUCCACAUUUCCAAGUUCUCUUUGGCGUGGAUAGAUUGAAACCAACAAUAAAAGUCGUUGAUCUCGAAGGAAAUGAAUACAUUUGCCCAGAACUUAUCAAGCUUCGAAGCUUAAUUAAGGAACUCGAUAUCAAGCAAAGCAUGCAUCAGAUGGAAAUCUACAUUUCAACAUUCAUAUUCAUUCUAGAAGUGGAAUAUCUCUUAAAGGAAAAUAAGUACAGAACAGAGAGAUUUGCCAAUGGAUUGAUAUUCUCGUAUUCGCAUCUCUCCUCUGCAAAAAUAAAUACAGUUGGAAAUCAAUGGAGAUUGACAAUCAUCUUUGACAAUUCUGCUUGCUUGCCUCUUAAAGAGAGAGCCUUCCAGUUUUCAGGAGAAAUUCACACAGCAAGAUCAGCUGAACUUGUGAUCGAACUCCUCCACAAAUUCACUUCUUACAUGAAUCUCUCAGGACAUAUGAUUUUCGGAUCUGCAACUGUUGACUCUGUGCUAAGAGAUACAUUCAAUUUCAACCAGGAAGGAAGCUUCUUAACAAACUGUAAAAUCGAUGGAAUGGGCGAGACUGCUUUCUUCUGCGUGUCCUUCUCAAGCAAUUCCGUCUUCGAAGGAUUAACUUCAAAGUACCAGACAAUACGCCUCGGACACUCUGUCCCUUCAGUCGAUACUCGCUUCAUUAAAAACUUCACUUCCAAUAACUCUUUGUCUUACGCCGAUAUCACAUCUUCGGCUGAUACAAAGUUCAUCGCGUACCUGAUACACUCAAGUAUCGCAAUGGUCACUCUAGAAGGUAUCGGACGCCGUCCUGGAUGGAAACUUCUCAGCUGGUCAUCACCAACUGUUUUCCAACUUGUCUACAAUUCGAAAUUCACGUUGAACAUCGAAUUGAAGCCAAUGCACAAUCUUUACCUCUGUGUUUCUUCUAAAGUUCCAAGUGCUGUUGUAAUUGUUCCACUUGCAAGCCUCCAAGUAAACAAUGCAACAAACGUCAAAAGCGCUUACAGAAUUAGAUACACGGUAGCAGAACUCGUCAAGAUGAUACCAGAAGUAGAGAAAUUUGUUAAGAGAUACGAAGAAGCAAUGAGUGUUGGAUUCAAUAACGGGCAUCUUGUAAUGAAUACAGUGCCCCAGAUUAUAAUGAAUGUUCCAGGAAUAAAUUGUAUCAUUGAAAAAGAGAGGACAGUUCUUCAAUCCGAAGAUCAGAUGCUUAACAAUGAAUUGCAAGCAAUUCCUGCUUCAAUGGAUGUGAUGAGAUUGGUUGUUUCACUCUUGCAAAGACCUGGAUUAUUGCUCUUCGCUGUGAGAAUUCUCAAACAAAUGUUCGAAAUCGAUAAAGAUGCUGCAGAAACAACUGCAGCUACAACAUUUAUUGAGAAUAGAAAUGUCAUAAUGAAUAUUAAUGGCUUCCCAUUCGAACUCACAGAAGGAAAAGCAAUAUGCGGAGAUCUCUUCUUCAUGAAUACUCAGAAAGAAAUCGAACUUGCACUCGUGCAAAUUGUUAAAUAA